AAUAUGUCUAAUUAACAUACUUAAUCAUACAAAUCCUCCAUCAUAUAUACACCUAUUCCAUUGAAGCUUUCACUAAGUUUAUCUAGUUCCAGUAGGUAAAGUUCAAAUUCUAACAUCCUCGAAGAAAGUACUUCAAAACAAGAAUCUUCAUUAACACAUUCCCAAAGCCCAAGAAGAAUUUUGUAUUUUGUAAUCAAUAAACACAUAUAGACUUACAAAGUUUGAACAAGAUAAUCACGAAAGACCUGAAAAUCCUAUGACAAAAGAUUAGAAAUUUAAGGAACUUCAAAAUUUAUUCUUGACUUUUGAUUCUGAUUCAUUUAUUCAAGAGGUUAAAUGGUUCGAUUGAAUUAAACAAUCCUUCGAAAUGUGAC